CUACUUACUAUGUUUAUCUACCACAAGACAGAAAUCACAAUAAUAAUAUAUCUAUAGUUCGGUGCGUCGCGCGUGUGCCCUACAAAUCAUAUCGACGACGUUCCGGCUAGAAACGUGUGUUUCUGGUCAAGUGCGUUCGCGGUGUACGAUUUUUGAUUGGCGAGUCCGUGAGAGAUCUACGACAACAGCGUUUCAUAUUUUGACGUUUCCUGUCCGUUCGAACGACGAUGGCCGACAAGGACAAGGACAACGACGAGGUGGAAGCGACAAUCGCCGACGAGGCGGUGGUGACCAAGUACAAGACGGCUGGGGAUAUCGCCAACCGUGUUCUUGUUGAAAUCAUCGAAAAAUGUGUAGAAGGUGCAUCAGUCCGUGAUGUAUGCAUUGCAGGUGAUAAUUUAAUAUUAGAAGAGACUAGUAAAGUAUUCAAAAAAGAAAAGGAAAUGAAAAAAGGUAUUGCUUUUCCCGUUUGUAUAUCUGCAAAUGGCUGCAUUUGCCAUUUUUCACCUAUUACAAGUGAACCAGAUCAUACAAUUGCAAAGGAUGACGUUUUAAAGAUAGAUUUAGGAGUUCAUUUAGAUGGUUUCAUUUCAAUGAUCGCUCAUACUAUUGUUGUGGGAGCGAAUUCUGAAAAUAAAAUCACAGAUAAAAAAGCUAAUUGUUUCUUAGCUGCUCAUUAUGCAUCUCAAGCUGCAUUAAGACUAAUGAGGCCUGGUAAUGAUACGUACCAAAUAACUGAUAUGGUAAUGAAAGUCUGCAAAGAAUUUGAAUGUAAGCCAGUUGAAGGUAUGCUUAGCCAUCAAUUGCAGCAAUUUAAAUUAGAUGGUCCCAAAACCAUUAUUCAGAAUCCCACUGAAUCACAUCGAAAAGAACAUGAAAAGGCAACUAUUGAGGCCAAUGAAGUAUAUGCUUUAGAUGUACUUGUUAGCACAGGAACUGGAGCUGCCCGUGAAACAACAGCUAAGGUAUCUGUGUUUAAAAAAACGGAGGAAGUAUAUCCAUUGAAGCUUAGGGCAUCUAGAAUAUUUUAUACUGAAGUUAUCAAA